UGGAAGUCCAUCUGGCCAAAGCUCUGUAGGGGAGGAGGAGUAAAAGAAGGGGGAGGUGUGUGUACGUGUAGGAAGGUGGGAAGAGUUAAGAGUGGAAGAAUGGGAAAGGAGGAGGAGAAAGGGCAAGAGAAAAGGGGGGAUUUAAAGACAAAUGGAAAAUAGAGAAAGUGAGUUAUAUAGUUUUCUACCAGCCUAAGCUCCCCCUGAACCAUUAGCCCUCUGUGAUGCAUGAGUAUUGCAUCACAGGGAGCAUAUAUAGUCAGUAUGUAAUUAUUGGUUUGGACCUACUUAGCAACAAACAAUAUUAUCUAUCACAAUGUGGUAGCCACUACUCCAUUGUUCAUGUCCCUUACAGUGCUG